AUGUACUUUUCAGAGAAGAAAUCAUGGAAUGCCAAAGAUAUGUCCAUGAAAAAUCUCAUGGCAUUCUUCUUCCCUCAAAAGGGCGCUUCAACCCCUGUCGUCGUCGUCAGCACCCCCGCGAAUCAAUUAUCCCCUGAGAAAAGAAGAGAAAGAAGUCACGAAUUAAUGAAACUGGUAUCCAAUUCGUAUAGACGCAUGGUGUCUACAUUAGACAAAGAGGCGAAUCAUAUAGCGUGUAUAUACUAUAUGCUUUUACGUGGAAUGGACACCAUCGAAGAUGAUAUGACCAUCCCCAUCGAAAAGAAAAUACCUUUACUAAGAAAUUUUCACGAAAUCAUCUUUCAGAGAGGAUGGACCUUCAACGAAAAUGGACCAGAUGAAAAGCAUCGUCAAUUGCUAGUAGAAUUUGAUAUUAUCAUCGAAGAGUUUUUAUCAUUUAGUGAAGAAAUUCGAGAUAUCAUUGCUGAUGCCGCAAAAGAUAUGGGCAAUGGGAUGGCAGAUUACAUUCUACUCCGAGAAAAAUCAAAAUACUACGUGGUCACCGUAGAAGAUUAUGACAAAUACUGUUUCCAUAAAUUGGACAUUAUGAAAGAUUUCCGGAACGAUUUUUAUCAAAACAGAGUCUACUGGCCAAGUGCAAUUUGGUCUCAAUAUGUUACUAACGUUUCCGAAUUAAUGGAGCCCAUGAAUAAGGAGUUGGCGUUAAAUUGUCAGUCCGCCAUGACUCUAAAUGCUCUUUCACAUGUUGUUGAUAGUUUGGAAUUUCUGAGUAAACUUAAUAAUGACCCCGUGAUGUUUAAAAUUAUCGCCUUAUCGGUCGCCACCGAGUUUGCUUAUCUGACCGCGAUAUUUAGAAACUACGAUGUAUUUAGUAAGAAAGUGACUUACCAGGGAAUUGCCAAGGUGAUUUCAAAAUGUAAUAAUCUCGAGGAUUUCUGCAUACUAUGCAAGUCUAAUGUGAAAAAGAUUAUGAAAAGGAAUGAUCCUCGAGACACCAAGAGCUACAAGAAAAUUGAUGCCGUUUGCAAAGAGGUAGGAUCGACCGAUGGUGUGAAAGAUAUCUUUCUUUGCAUUAGUGUUCGAGGCACGAUGACUAAAUAA